AUGUCUCUGGAAAUCCACCCCGCGUCUCCCAAGGACGCGCCCGAACUCGCGCAAGUCUUCUACGCCAGCUUCCGUACCGACUGCGACAAAACCAUGUUCCCCAACACGCCGGACGUGACAGAAUGGUUCGAACGCUUUUUUAGCGCCGACAUCACGCGCUCAAUUGAAGGCGAGACCCGUGAUGUAUUCCUCAAGGUGACGGAGGGGUCGGAGGAUGGCGGGGAUCGGAUUGUCGCAUUCGCGAAAUGGAAGUUUCCCGUGCCUGCAGAUCGCAAUCGGCAUGAGGAACAGAUCGUGUGGCCUGCUAGUAGUGAUAAGGAACUAUGCGAUCGGUUUUUCAAUGGUAUGGAGGCGCGACAUGAGAAGUGGAUGGGGGAGAGGCCUCAUUAUUAUCUGGAUAUGUUGGGUGUUCACGCUUCCUACCAGGGCAAGGGACUGGGCUCGAGACUCCUUAAAUGGGGUCUCACACGCGCUGAUGCUGAAGGCUUGGAGGUUUAUCUGUCCGCGUCUCCGGCUGGGAAACCGUUGUAUCAGAAAUAUGGGUUCCGGGAGGUUGAUUCCUUCUCGCCGUACCCCGAUUACGCGCAGGUGGCGAUGAUACGCUCGCCUAAUAGUCAAAUAUAA